AUGCCAGCAUACCACUCCACUUUUCUUGGCGAGGCGUCCGAGAGAGUCGUGGGAAACAUCGUUUUGUUGCCCAUCCACACGCAGUAUCGGGGCCCCCUGUACCCGCCUUCGAGCGAGUACGAUAUCAUCGAGGAAACGCUCGACUUGUUCCGGGCAAACUCGUUUUUCAAGAAUUUCGACAUCAAGGGCCCCGCGGACCGCUUGCUCAUCUACGGCAUCCUCUUUGUGAGCGACUGCUUGUCCAAAUUGAACGCGAGAGUCUCGUACAAAGAAGCGGUGCGGGCACUAAAUAACUUGGCUCUCGACUCGUUUGCCUUGCCUGGUGAUAUCGGCUUUCCCAUGAACGAGGUGUACCAGGCGCCUGCCACGAAAAACGACGCCGAGCUCUUGAGAAGCUAUUUGCAGCAGUUCCGCCAGGAGUUGGCGGACCGCUUGUUGAAGAGAAUCUACGCCGACAGCGAUGCUGUGCCCAGCAAGUUCUGGUUGGCGUUCACCAGAAAGCGCUUCAUGAACAGGAGUUUGUAG